GUGACUUUUUGUUGAUAACUGACAGGUGGCAGAACUCAUGGCAUUUAUGGCAAAAAAGCGUAGCAUUUCAUAUUGUAAGGUGGUCGAAGUUAUUGCAGAAACAACUGCACCAUUGACUCCUGUGGGAGAGCUCCUUGUGAAGAUUCCAUCUCAACGUGUUGAGAUUAAGCCACUGAAGGAAUCAGAUACUGCAGGUGGGCCUCAAUCUUCUAAGAGUGUUGUAUCUGAGCCUCCGCUGAGCGCUCCUGUUGAGAAAGAACCUGCCAUAGAAAAAGCAGUGGCAGCAAGUCCUCUUUCUCCUUAUAUUGUCUAUGAGGAUUUGAAACCACCUACAUCUCCUACUCCAACCCCCAGCACUUCUGCUGGUGCUACUCAAGCAAGCCAUGUAGAGGGAAUUUCAUCAGCAUUGAAGAUUGCCCCUUCAUCUACACAAAUUAACAUUUCAGAAUCCCCAAGCACUGUAACUGAAAAGGAAAAUGUCCAGACAGAAGUGAAGAAAAAAACUCCUCUGUCACCUUAUGCAAAGUAUGUUAAUUUUCCUUGUGUUACCUUCAUUAACCUUAAUCACUUUAUUGGUUAUUUAUUUGUUUUCUGUUUUCAACACUGGGGUUUUAACACCCACAGUAUAAAAUCAUUCCAUUGUAUGAUAGAUAUUCUACAAUUCAGUAGUCUGCUGCAAACAGAUCAUUGGUCACCUGAUAAAAGUAGAAAUUUGACAUGUUUAUGAAUAUUCUGAUGCAUU